AGAGAAAGAAAGAAAAAAACUGUAGCGUAUUUGGAAAAGAGAAACCAAAAAUUGGGUGAGACAAAAUUUGGAAAAUACACAUAAAGUCAGGAAGCUGAGUGGGAAGGUGUCUGUUUGGUUGCCUGCUGGUGAGCGCGAUGAUGGAGAAAGGCAAAGAGCCCGCCGCAGCCAACGAGGAUGGCGAAGUUGGUAAGACCGAGAGCGAGGAGAUUCAGGAAGCCUUAGAAAUUGUCCUCUUUCAAGUCUCUGAAUGUUAUGUUUAUUUGAUACCUCCAAGGAAAACUGCAGCAUCUUACAGGGCUGAUGAAUGGAAUGUCAACAAAUGGGCAUGGGAGGGAACUUUGAAAGUCAUUAGCAAGGGAGAAGAAUGCAUCAUCAGGCUUGAAGACAAGAAUACAGGUGAAUUGUAUGCUCGAGCAUUUCUGAGAGAUGGAGAGCCACAUCCAGUGGAAUCUGUAAUUGAUAGCAGUAGAUAUUUUGUUCUUCGGAUUGAGGAGAAUAUUGGUGGUCGCCUUCGGCAUGCUUUCAUUGGCAUUGGGUUUCGAGAGAGAACAGAGGCUUAUGAUUUCCAAGCAGCCCUGCAUGACCAUAUGAAAUACUUGAACAAAAAGAAAACUGCGGAAGAGAUGGAGCAGCAAUUCCAGAAAUCUUCCUCAGUUGAUUACAGUUUAAAGGAGGGGGAGACCAUUGUACUUCAAUUAAAAAAUAAAGGUGGUUCUACUCUGAAGUCAAAAGCUGCGGAGCUGGGCAUUGACAAGCUGUCUUUGGCUGACAAAGGCAACCAGAAAGAGCCCAUCCUUAGCAUCAAACCACCACCUCCCCCACCGACACCGCUUUCACCUGUAGCUAGCGCUCUUAAGUCACCCCAGCCACAUCCACCAGCACAGCUUUCACCUGUAGAAACGACUGGGAAUUCUCCAACAAGCUCACCCCCGGAUCUCCAGUUAGACGGAACUUCAGAAAAGAAGGCUUCGAAGUCCGAGAAAGAGCAUAGAGAUGAACGACAAUGUGGUGAAAGUCAGAACACAGAAGACAUAGAGGAUGAUGAUUUUGGGGAUUUUCAAGCAGCAGGGUAGAGGCUUGCAGUAAGGGUGUUAUGUUUAUAAUGGGAAUAUGCAAAUGUUUUGUUUGUAUUUUUAUGGUGAGGGUUGGAAUUAGGUCCUACUGUUAAAUUUGCCAUUCCUCCGGUAAUUACUCCGUUAGUAGACCAUAUACUUGGAACAUACACGACAUGAGAAUCAUCUAAAAUUGGCUUUCGUUUUUAUUUUUAUUUUUUUAUAUAUAUAAUAAACAUGACUUUUCAUUCUCAAUAAGAAUUUAUACAAAAAUCUUUACGCACCUUUCUUCGUGGGUGCCAAGGUAA